GAGUCUAUUUGAACCCAGGAAUAUCUAAAUAAAAUAGCCCCUUUUUGUAUUGUGAUUGCUCGAGAAAUUCCUAUACAAAGACUAUUGUUUUGUCGCUUUCCAAAGGAUGGUUCAGUGGUUGAUCUUGCUAGUGCAAAGGCUAGAUCAACAAGGUGCUUCAUUCAAUGGAAGACCACUCUUUACUUGGUCUCAAAGGUAUCGAAUCCUCAAAGAUGUUGCAUCUGCCUUGCUUUACCUUCAUGAAGAAUGGGAGCAGGUUGUUCUACACAGAGAUGUCAAAGCGAGCAAUGUUUUGUUGGAUUCAAACCUAAAUGGAAGAUUCGAAGAUUUUGGACUAGCAAGACUACAUGAUCAUGGUGCGAAGCCAGAGACUACUAACUUGGUGGGAACUAUAGGACAUCUCGCCCCAAAGAUUACCAGAACCGGGAUGGCUACUACUAGCACUGAUGUGUUUGCUUUCGGGAUUGGAAGGGAAUUUUCCAGUGGAGGAAAUGGAGUUGGUUCUGAAACUGGGAUUGCUAUGUUCACAGUCACAGCCAUCAGCCAGGCCUAGCAUGAGGCAAGUGCUCCAGUGCCUCAAUGGGAAUACCAGUUUGCUGGAUUUUUCACCAGAGAACAUUGAAAAUGGUAUGGCCACGUCAAACAAUGAAGCAUUAUUUGAUUU